AUGGCGGCAGGGGCCUCAGCUCGCCCGGCGUCGUUACCCCCCCCUCCUUCCCCCGGGCAGGGGCCGGACGGGCCGCGUCGCCAUAUUGGCUGUUGUCCUGGCUGCAGCGGCGCGCUCGCCAUGACUCGCAGGCGGAACAAGGCGGUGGCGGCGGCGGGCGGCGGCUCCGGGCCCCGCCGUGAGAGGGUGGGGGGUGCCGAGGUUGCGCCUCCUCCUCCUCCCCCUCCUCCUCCUCCUCCUCCUUUGCCGCCGCCGCCAGAGCCGCCCGCCCCGCCUGAGGUGGCGGCGGGGAGCAGCGGGGAGCCGGGCAGAGCCGCGCAGGUGCUGCCCACUGCCAACCAGUCAGUGCAGACGUGCUGCCUGCUCUGUCACCGGGAGCGCAAGGACUGGGGAGGGCUGUCCCACAAUGGGCUGGUUUCCCCAGGCGAGAGGCUGCCACCCGACUUUGUGCCAACGCUGGUGCAGAACCUCUUGGGAGAAAUGCCACUGUGGAUCUGCCAGAGCUGCCGGAAGAGCGUGGAGGAGGAAGAGCGGCGGGCGGUGCAGGAACAGGCCCUGGCGGUCUCGUUAUCCCACACAUCCUGCAAGUCACAGUCUUGUGGGGGUGGCUCCCACUCCUCUUCCUCCUCUUCGUCCUCUUCCUCCUCGUGCCACGGGAACUCAGGGGACUGGGACCCCAGCUCUUUCUUGUCUGCUCACAAGCUCUCGGGCCUCUGGAACUCGCAGCACACCAACGGGGCCACACAAGGCAGCCCCCUCGGGGGUACCCCUGCUGCACUAGGUGACAAGCACCCCGGCCUGUCUCUCUCUCCAGAGUGCGUCAGCCAGGCACCUGCUGUGGCACCGGGGCUGAAGGCCUGUCCCUACAGCCACACAGCCUCCCCCACCUCCAGCAGCGCCACCCCGGGCUCACCUCUGCCUACCUCACUCGACUUCUGCAAGACGCUGCCGAAGCAGUUCAAAAGCAUGUGCCGGAGGGCCACCCCACCAGGUGAGGCCUUCCACUCCUCAGAGCAUCAUCAGCACUCGGACCUCACUGCUCCUCCCAACAGUCCCACCGGCCUCCACUCCCAGCCGCCAGCGCUUAUGCCCUCCAAGCAGACAUCUGCCCAUCCGGGGCCCUUUGGCUCCUCACCCCACAUCCCACUGGGCACCUCCCCACAGGCUGCACUCUUCCCUGCGCCCAGCGCACAGGCAGCAGCCCCGAAGCCGGCAUCCGAGUCGCCUCCUGCUGGCACAGUCUCACACAGCCCGGGGUCAUGUAAGAGCCCUCACCUGCCCCCUGCCAAUGUGCCACUGCUGAAGAUGCCGCCUCCACUGUCAGGCUGCACUCAUCCCUGCAACGGGCACUGCAGCACUUCGCUCAUCCCUCCUCCUGCCUCCCACCAGCUGCCCAGCACGAACAGGGACCCUUCUUGCAAAGGGCACAAAUUCCCAAACGGUACCAGCUGCCACCCGCCACAGCCGUGUGAGGCAGAUGAGGGGCUCGGGGAGGAUGAGGACAGCAGCUCGGAGCGCAGUUCCUGUACCUCCUCCUCCACCAACCAGAAAGACGGGAAGUUCUGCGACUGCUGCUACUGUGAGUUCUUCGGCCACAAUGCGCCCCCAGCUGCUCCAACGAGCCGCAACUAUGCUGAGAUCCGGGAGAAGCUGCGUUCGCGCCUCACCAAGAGGAAAGAGGAGCUGCCACAGAAACUAGGGCACAACAGCAGCUUAGGAGAGCCGGCUGUGGACCACCGCAAUGUGGAUGAAUUGCUGGACUACAUCAACAGCACAGAGCCCAAACCCUUGAACAGUGCCAAGGCGGCCAAGCGGGCACGGCACAAGCAGAAGAAGAAGGAGAAGGAGAAAGCCCAGCUGGAGGCAGAGGCCCAGAAGCGAGCAGAGCGUGCCCCUGCAGCCAACCAGGCCAGGGAGCCGGCUGAGGAGAAGCUGCUGGAGUGGCCUGAGCUGGAGCUGGAGCGGGUGAACAGCUUCCUCAGCAGCCGACUGCAGGAGAUCAAAAACACAAUCAAGGACUCCAUCCGGGCCAGCUUCAGCGUCUAUGACCUCAACCUGGAUGUCAACGACUUCCCCAAGAAGGCAGCUGUCCUGGAGCAGAAGAACCUGCUCUCCCACCUCAAUGGCUCCUCGGACCUGCAGGACAUAGACCUGGCCCUGGCGCCACUCAGCCUGGGCCCUGCUAAGAGCCAUGCGUUGCUGCGGGGUGAGCCGAGUCCCCGAUGGGCUGAGGGGCCUGGGGAGCCGCCGCCAGCCCCAGCGGUGGAGAACGGCGUGGUGAAGCGCCUCAGCGCCGUGCCCAGCCUCUCCCGCAUGAUCUGGGUGCAGUCCAAGUCUGCAGACUCUGCCACGGAUGGAAGUGGUCUGAGCCCGGAGCCCAAGGAGGUACCGCAGCCUAAGGGACCGGAGCUGCCUGAGCCGGUGCCUACUGUGAGCCGGCAGCGGAAGAACAAGCGGCAGAAUGGGCAGGUGAAGAAAGGAGAGGGUGCAGCUGCUGUGCCCAGUGGCCAGGCUCGGCUGGAGAGCCCUGCUGUGAAGGGGCAGGUGCUGGGAACCAAGCUCCCUUCCAAGGCCGGUGCCCUGGAGCCUCAGCGGGCGAGCAGCUGUGCUGAACCGGGGGAAAGCGGCAAGGGGCAACCCUGGGGCUUCGGCAGCACCAGGCCAGAGAAGGAGAGAAGUGACGAGUGGAAAGGCCGGAGGGGAGAGGGCAAAGCAGAACUGCCAGAGCCAGUGCAGCAGCAGCCGCCUGCUCCGGCUGCUGGAGACCGGCAGCUGCCUGCCACCCCUGCCCUGGGAGGCUCGCCCCAGCCCAAGGGAAAGAGCAGAAAGAGCAGGAAUAAGGUGGAGAAAUCCAAUACCUCGAUCGAUGAUGUAUUCCUGCCCAAGGACCUGGAUGGGGCGGAGAUGGAUGAGACAGACAGAGAAGUGGAGUAUUUCAAGAGGUUCUGCCUGGACUCAGCCAAGCAGACGCGGCAGAAGAUGGCGGUGAACUGGACCAACUUCACCCUGAAGAAAACCACUUCCAGCGCAGCCCAGUGAGGUGCUGGGGGGGCUGCCCCCCACCCAUGGCCCCUCGCCUCUCCGCACUGUGCCCCUUCCCGGUCUCGGUGGGGUCCCCUCCAUCUGUGGGGAUCCCCGGUGCUCUCCCACCCCGCGGGGGCCCCCCGGGGCUCCCCCCGUCCUCCUCUUCCUCCCCCCGCGGGGUGACCCGGCCGCCCCCUCCCCCUCUCCCUGCGCCGCGGGGAAGGCCCGUGCUGGACCCAAUAAAGAACUUUUUAAUUUUUUA